UGACAUUUUGUUUUUGUAUUGUGCAGGUGUACUUGAGCAGAAAUAAAAUUCAUGAAAAAUCGCUAAAUAACAUAAUUUUUCGAAUAGAUAUCAGCAGAAGUUUGCAGUAAAAGUUUCAUCUCAACUAACUGUAGUAAAAAUUUCGAUACUUUAUAAAAUGAACAAACGAAAGCGAGCUAAUUCAUUACACAGUAAUCUGGAGGAAGACAGUGAUGAGGAUAUUACUCCAGAACAAUCUCCUGCACCACUAUUUUCACGGAAGAAGAAAAAAUUAGAUCCGUCGGAACUCUGUCAGCAUCUUUACGAGUCAAUUCGCGCUUUUAAGAAAGAGGACGGUAGCACACUCUGUGACACUUUCAUACGUGCUCCCAAGCGUAGACAGGAACCAUCGUACUAUGAAGUUGUAGCCAAUCCAAUCGAUCUAUUAAAGGUGCAACAAAAGCUGAAAACGGAAGCUUAUGAAGAUGUGGAAGAUUUAAAAACCGAUAUCGAAUUGAUUGUGAAUAAUGCCAAGGCAUUCUACAAACCCGAGUCUCCUGAGUAUCAGGAUGCCUGCCAGCUGAUGGAUGUUUUUAACGUUAACAGGACAAAGCUGCUGGAAAGCCAACAAGAGCACGAGGCGAUUGAAACACCAAAACCUAGGAAGAUUAAUCGGCCUCGAAAAUCUACACAUGAAGACGAUUCCGAAAUUGAUGAUUUCGAUCCGUACGAAGAAAUGUUUAACUCAGUGAUGACGGCAACCGAUGAGAACCGAGAGCUGCACCGAAUGUUUCAACUGCUGCCUUCGAAGAAGCUCUAUCCCGAAUAUUACGACGUAAUUGACCAUCCGAUCGAUCUUAAGUGCAUCGCUGUAAAAAUCCAAACCAAUGCGUAUUCCAAUUUGAAUGACAUGGAAAAAGAUUUACUACAAAUGAUAAAAAAUGCUUGCACUUUUAACGAGCCAGGCUCCCAAAUUUAUAAGGAUGCUAAAACAUUGAAAAGAAUAUUUACCAAUCGAAAGGCAGAUAUUGAAGCUGGCCGCUAUCGUAAAAGUGCCAAUCGAAAGGCACGAACUGGGACAAGCCUAAGUUCGAUGGUCGCAGCUCUCAAGGAAGAAGCGGAAAGUUCGGAUGACGAGCUAGAUGAUUCGAUGGAAACAGAGGGAGAUGGUCCAUUGUGGCAAUUGUUUGAUCAGCUGUACAAUACCGCAAACACUAACGAUCCCAAUGCUGUAGGCGCUCCGCUAGGUGAAUCACUAUGGAAGCUGCCGAACCGUCGUUUCCAUCCGGAGUAUUACGCACAGAUUAAAAAGCCUAUCUCGAUGGGACAGGUGCGCAACAAGCUGAAGAAAGGCCUGUACUCUAACGUGACCGAUAUGAGCGCCGAUUUAUACGUGAUGUUGGACAACGCUAAGAAAGCAAAUCCUCAGAGUAGUAAAAUUUAUAAGGAUGCCGUUAAAAUGCAAAGAUUACUCAAUCAAAAGCUUAUCGAUGCUGGCGAUCUGGAAGACAGUGAUGAAGAAGACGAUACCGAUUCCUCAAUUAUGACCGUGACGCCUGCCAAAAGCGCGAAUACCAUAAAGAGAAGCCGACCGCGUAGCUCCGCGGCAAUUAUUCAAUCGCCACCGCAUUCACUUGCUAGUAGCUCAACUGCAGGAGCUACCAGUACGCCCCUACAAAGGAGUUCUGGUAAUCGUCAGUCGCUUGUUGCCACACUCAAGAAAAAGUUGCUCUCAUUACAUGAAUACAUGGUCGAGUUCACCCAUGCAGGGCGACAACCGAUGGUACUAUUUAUGGAGAAACCCUCCAAAAAAUUGUAUCCAGACUAUUAUCAAGUGAUUCAACACCCGAUUGAUAUGACCACAAUUGAGAACAAUAUCAAAACCGAUCGGUACGGCACAUUGGAUGACAUCGUAGGAGACUAUCGUUUGAUGUUCUCCAACUGCCGCAAGUACAAUGAAGAAGGUUCAAUGAUCUACGAGGACGCGAACAUACUCGAGAAAGCCCUCAAUGAGAAAUUGAAAGAAUUUUCUUCCAUUAGCAAGAGAUUGAGUACACCGAAAGCGGCAUCCAGAGCGAAGAACAAACUGAAUACAUUGGAAUCAAAACUGAAACAUCUGUACGACUGCGUUCGGGAAUACCGAGAACCGAAAGCUAACCGACAGUUAUCUUAUAUCUUUGUUAAAUUGCCUUCGAAAAAUGAAUAUCCGGACUAUUAUGAUAUCAUAAAGAACCCGAUCGACAUCGACAAGAUCGAACAGAAGCUUCGCAAGCAGAGCUAUGAAAGUGUAGAUGAGAUGGCAGCCGAUUUUAUGCUUAUGUUCGAAAACGCCUGCAAAUACAACGAACCGGAUUCACAAAUCUACAAGGACGCACUAUGUCUGCAGCAACUGGUCAUUCAGACUAAACAGGCCCUCCGAAGCGAUGAAACCGUUCCGGAUGUACCGCAGGCCGUUCAGGAGCUGCUGCUGUCGUUGUUCACCAGUCUGUACAACUACCAGGAUGAGGAAGGUCGCUGUUAUUCGGAUUCGCUGUCGGAAUUACCGGAACAUGACGAAUCCGAUGGAACUAAGGUCCGUGGAAUUUCGCUCGAUUUAAUCAAACGUCGAUUAGAUAAAGGUUUAUACAAACGGCUGGACAUGUUCCAGGAGGAUAUUUUUACCUGCCUGGAACGGGCACGAAAACUUAGCCGAACGGAUUCACAGGUUUUCGAGGAUUCUAUCGAGAUGCAAUCGUUCUUCAUCAAGAAACGGGACGAACUCUGCCGGCACGGUAAUGUUCUCGAAUCUCCCGCCCUAAGCUACAGUGUAAUGCAUUUGAGUGCUGCAGUGGAAGCAUUGCGUCAGACUAAACUCUUGGAGGAGGAAGCGGAUACGGAAUCGGAUGCCAUGCAACCAUCGCAAGGUGAAAGUAUGACAAUUGACCAAAGAGUAUUUUCUCCGGGUGAUUUCGUCUACGUAGACCUUCCAGAUAAUAAAAUACCCGGCGUUAUGUACAUCGAGCGACUGUGGACAAACAAUGAUAACAUCAAAAUGAUGUACGGCAACAUGAUGUUGAGGCCUUACGAAACGUACCACCUAACGACGCGCAAAUUCAUGGAAAAGGAAUUAUUCAAAAGUGAUCAACAUCAAGCCAUUCCGUUGUCACAAGCGCAGAACAAGUGUUUUGUGAUGCACGUAAAAGACUACUUCAAGAUGCGACCCGAAGGCUUUCAAGACAAGGACGUGUAUGUUUGCGAGUCCCGAUACAGCUCCCGAGGACGCUGCUUCAAGAAGAUUAAAACGUGGACAAUGGUCCGUGCUAAUGAACCGGUCAAUUUGAUUCCACGAGAAACUCCACUUGACGUCAAGCGAGUCAUGUCCGUUUUCAAAGAACGUGUCGAAAAGCACAAGGAAGAACUAUCUGAGCUGCAAAUGCAAGAGGCACUAACAGAAAAAGAGAAACCCAACGUGAUUGUGUACGUUAAUGGUGGAGAGGAGGGCAGCGUGUUUUUCGAGCAGUACAACACUGUCUGUGGAGGCGUCGUUAAAACUGGAGACUUUGUUUACGUGGCUACAGAAACUGGGAAGCAAUCAGUUGCGCAAAUACAAUCGCUCUGGGAAACAAAAGACGGAAAAGCUUUCUUCCGUGGACCCUGGUUGCUUACUCCACCGGAAGUUCCGGGUACUAUCAGCAGAUUAUUCUACCGUCAAGAGGUUCUGCUUUCAACUGUUCAAGAGACCACUCCUACAGUAGCGAUCGUAGGCCGAUGCGCCGUGUUGGAACAACCUGAGUACAUUACACGUCGUCCAACCGAAGUACCGGAAGUGGACGUGUUCCUGUGCGAAUCCGUGUACGACGAGCUGAAGAAGCAAAUACGGAAGCUUGGCGCAGGCGGUCUCAAAAAGUUCACUCACUCGCAGAUGGUGACGACCGACGAAAUUUAUCACUUCCGGCGACCGAUAAACCCACCUAAGGUCACCUGCGGUGAAAUCGCAGCAUUGCAGGAGAAUCGACCGAUUCCGUCGGGCGAUCUGGAGUGCAAGGAUGAAUUCAGCAUCAUCGAUGACUCGAUUGAUGGUCCACCGUCAAUCGGGUCGGACGUGGUUGCCACGGCGUCUCCCAUUCCUCCAACCGUCACCCCGCAGGCUUCGGGAAAGAAACCAAAACAAGCUGGCCGUAAGCUUGUUACCGGGUACAUUCUAUACUCGAGCGAACAUCGCAAAACCAUUUGUGCCAGCAAUCCGGAUGCCACCUUUGGCGAGGUUUCUCGCAUAGUGGGCAACGAAUGGCGCUCACUGCCGGAUUACGAGAAAACUACCUGGGAACAGCGGGCUUCCAAAAUGAACGAGGAAAAUGCGGCUAAGUUUGCAGCGGAAUCCGGAGAAGGCAACUGUCCCAGUCCUGCGCCGACUAAAUCAGAAGGGCCGGUCGUGCAGGAGAUCGUACCGAAUCAUGUUUACGAAUGCUGCUGGGAAAAAUGCGACUAUCAAUUCGAAGAUCCUUUCGACUGCAUGGAACAUUGCAUCACCGAUGUGACCGGAUGUGUGUACAAGACGUUCAUGAAAGCCAGCGAGCCAGAGUUCAUAUGCAUCUGGCGCAACUGCGUUAGACUGCGGCGCAACAUGCCACCUUUUCCGCACAUGCAACGGCUGGUGAAGCACGUUCGCGAGGUGCACCUCACCAAGACGGGUGGAAAGGUUGUACUACCGCAGGAUCGCAGCAAAAAUUUCGUUGCAGCCAAGCGGCAAUCAAUCUCCCAACCGCAUCCAUCGACAAUCAAACAGCAGCCGGUUCCGGUCGCUACGGCAAGCCCAACGUUACCUCAGGAAGCUGCGGGAACAUCGUCGAGUCCGGCGGCCGCAGCCGCAUCCGGACCUGCUGGGGCAUCUGCACAAGCUCCGAGCACUUCACAGCAAAGCGGGGCCACCGGUCCGGGUGCAAACAAUCAGUCAAGUAAUUACAUUCCUGCGUCGUACUAUAAUUUUGUACCAGCUCCCCCGGCAGAGCCACUGUUCGUUACAGUCCCGCCACGACCGCAGCGAGUUCUCCAUUCGGAAGCGUACAUUCGCUACAUCGAAGGCUUGCAGAGCAACUCGCAAUACAUUACGCCUUGGCAGAAAACUCUGACCGCCACCCGGGAAACCAUUCCCAACCAGGACGCCAGUCGCCUUCCGACGCACUGGCUCAGCAAGAAGGGACGCGAAAAACCGGAAGCAGUGGUCGAUGCUCUCUGGCAGCUACGAGGCUUUUUAAUGAAGGAUGUGAUUCAGUUCGAUCGCUAUUGAAUCUCUAACGUGAAUCUUACAUUUACGCGACGAUCGUUUAUUUAAAAAAACGACACAAAAAUUAAGUGUUUUAAAGGUACGUAUAUUUUACUUUUUUUUUCCUAUUUGAGAAAAGUUUCAUCUGUGGAAUAUAUGUAUAUGUGACGUAUUUUACAA